AUGAUACUAUCCACUCUCGACUCUUUGGAUUUAGUCUUGUUACCCGGCUACGCUAUUGUUGUGGUUGCUGGGCUGAUUGGAAAUUCCCUUAUUUUAACAGUUGUGAAGAAUAAGCGUUAUAUGCACACAACCACGAACUUUCUGCUCGCCAAUCUUGCUUUCGCAGACUUAUUAACCUUGUUAUGGUGUAUUCCUGGAGUCGCGUUACAAUAUUCUAGGCACCCAGACGGUAUUCUCGGUGACAUCUUUUGCAAAUUUAUUACCAUGAAUCAUCUGGCUGGAAUAUCGCUUCUUGUCGCCGGUCUUACGUUAACUUUAGUUUCUGUCGAGCGAUAUAACGCUCUCUUGAAUCCUCUGAAUGCCAGCGUAAGACUCAACAAGGAAAACGUGGGAUAUCCUAUCGUCAUCAUGUGGAUAUUUGGCUUCAUCUAUGUGUUGCCACUCUUUGUAGUUGAACGCUUUGACGAGGUGCGCCGUCAGUGUGUGUUCCACUGGCAAAAAGCAUCUUCUACUGUAUACUGGUCGUUACUUGCAGUGAUCGUAGUUAUUGCGUUUUUCGUUGUUUGCUUCUGCUAUUUCAAUAUCAUCAGAGGACUAUAUUUUACAAAGAAAAUCUGCGCAGAAACCUCAACACUAUCUUCCCAAGCCGCUGAAGAAAUCCAGGCAAAGAGAAAAAUUGCCAAACUUGCCAUUACCAUAACUAUUAUCUUCAUCGCCUGUUUUUUUCCUUAUGUUACGGCAACUGUCUUGGACGCCUCGUUAAGAAGUUCAUUUUAUAGAAUUUCGCUCUUUUUGGUUUACUGUAGUUGCUGUGUAAAUCCUAUGUGUUACGCACUUCAAAGCUCAAACUACAGAACUGCUUUUAAGGAAACCAUUAAAAGAAAAUCCAGUACACAUCAAAAUGAGCAAGCAGUGUAGUUGUAUUAGCCAAGCGAAAGUCUGCAUUAAAGGAUGGCUGUUGUUUUUAUGAGUGAAAUUCCAAUUUUAACUCUUAGUUUUUGGAUGAGUAGCUGGGAAUGAAGCACAACAAUUUAGCCGAUUCGUUCGGAUAAAAAGCGAGUUCUCGAAAAACCAGAUUAAGAUUCUCUUUUGCGGCAAAUUCAAGUAUAAAUUGAAUUGAUCAAACCUUUCUUUAAAUAGUAUUUCACAAGGGCCCAAGGUCUAUUUGGAAACCGAACGAUUUUCACCACUGAGAAGAUGACUUAAUUCGUCGAAAACGUUUGGUUUCUAUUCUUUUGAAAAACCAUCGAGUAUUAUGAAAGAGUGUUUUCUAAUCUCAAGCGAAUAUUAUGGACGUGAGCAUCUGGACUAGAAGCAGAUGGUCAUACGUUCGACCCGGUCUGUUGAGAAUACUCUGAUAUCUUUCUUUCGAACCAAAAAAAAGCUUCUAAGCAUUUCUUUUGUUUUUUCCAACACUAUUCCCCUAUUUUCUCUAUUAAACUUAAAGGGUAAUAGUGAAUGAGCUCCUCUGACAUCUUUUUCGCGGUGUAAAAGCUGAAGAUAUAAUGGCUAGAUUCAUGGCCAUAAAACAGCGGUUAAAAUACGUUUUAUUGAAUUAACAUGUACACCAGCGGGGUUCGAGUUCCAAGCAAACGCCGAGGUUUUCCAUGUAGUACAUACACUCUAUUAUAUUGUGCUUUGUUAACAUUAGUUUCGAAGAGAGGGACAAGUUUGCAAUGAAUGGAAGUUCUUUAAUCUCACCUUACGUUCAGGAACAUUAAAGUGGUUCUUCUUGUAGUGCUAACUACUGCCAUUCGCCGUAAGUUUCUGAUUACUUACUUUCUUGCUUUGCAUUAUACCCAUUCAGAUAGGAUAUAGUUCGCCAGCACUCUUCCUCUAUUUGUGAGUCAACUUUCACAAAUGUUUAAGCGUAGCAUUUUAAGGUUAAAUUAGACCAGUAUUUUGUGCAGCACGUUAUAUGGUCACGAUUGACUUAGCCUGUGAACAAGUUCUCCAUCUAAGGAAGUCGCGAGUACGAGGGUGGCGAAAGAAAUGGAGAGCUCUCCCUUUCCUCCGCCCCUCGCGGCUCUGCGAGUCUUUCACCCGUUCUCGCGUGGAUCGCUUUGCUCGCCCAGAUUGGAGAGCUUGCCAACAGGCUACGAUUGACUUCAAAAUUGCAGCAGACAAACAACAGGGGAGCUCUGAGGCUAACUUGCUGACGUGAGGGAAAAUAUGUUUUAGGAUUUCGGAGUUCAGUUUACAUUUUUUGUAACAGUAUAUGCAGAUACCUCAAACGUUUUUUUUCUUAAAGUUCCACCAUUCCAUAUUAAGGAUGCCAAAAAUCAACGCGAUUUAAAAACAUAACCAACACGCCAUAUAAACUGGUUCUGGCCACCUUUACCGCGGUUGCGGUUGAUGCGGUUUCGGAUGGUACUUCGAGCUUCGUUACUUAAAUAUAUUUCUUUAACAAACAUUAUUAAUAACUGAAAGAAUCUGUGUUGGAAGCCUACAUUUUUAUUCGCAAAUGACCAAUUCUACUAGAGUGCAUGCGGUUAAUAUCCUUCUCAAACAAACUGGAUUUGACAAUUUUUCAGGGAGACAAUGUUGACGCCUUUGCCAGGAGGUUGUGCUCUCGCCGCAAUCGCUUCGGCCCUGCUAGCAUCAUAAAGUGUUAGUUACUUUUUUGGCUACAACGACACCUGUGGUUUAUUAAAUACUUUAGCAUUACAUGUUCAAUAUGAAACCAGGCAUUUGCUAAAUUCAAGAGUCCAGAAUGUACUAGAUUGCAUCUCAGAGAAAUUCAAUCUCAAAAAGUUUUCCGGAGGAGCAUGCGCCCGAAACUCCCUAGAAAAGUGCGCGCCCAUAUCACCACUGUAUACUAUAUCUCAGGCGCCCUUUAUCACAAAAUCCUCCGUCCGCCCCUGAAAAAUGCAGACUUUGUAUUUGCUUUUGUCCGUCAAUUAUUAUUAUUAUUAUUUUUCGAAAAUGGACAGCUCUAUCCCUUUGAUGACUUCUGUGUUGCAUAUAUAUAUUACUUUGUCAAUAUUAUACUUUAAAAUUUUUGGAAGACAAGUAAAUUUUUUUAAGAUUGCCCAUCUUUAUGUUUUCAUUUCCUUUUGAUUGAAAUAUGAGGUAAACUAAGAGCAGAACUUGAAUCGAAAUAACUGACAACUAAAAAGUAAAUAAUUAUAACAUAUACAAGUGCAAAGUUUAGACACACCACCAAUGAAUACCCAUGAAUCUUGAUUGCAAUCAAGCUCAAUCAAAUAUCUUGCAGAAAUGACAAGUUAAUGACGAAAAAGACGACAAAAGUAAUUUUUCACAAAUUGUAAUGUCGCAUCAGUAGCAAGGAAGAAAUUGCCACCUCUACUACAAAAUGACAAUAUCAGUUAAGAAGCCAGGAGGUUAAAUCUUUGCAAGGUAAGAUUGCAAAAUAAAUAAUUUUCCCUUUUUUCUACUUUCCUCUUGUCAUAAGAUAAGUUCAUCAGGUCAAAAUAAAACGGAAUUUAUUAUAUUUUGAAAGACAUCACCUGUUCAAGUUUAAAAUAAAAGUACUUUAUUCUGUAAAUUAAAUGGCCUCAGGGAAGAUCAACAGCACAGUUAAUAGUGAUAUCAAAAUCUAGGCAUCAAAUGUCUUUUUAUACCUGAAGGAUUUUACCCAAUUUAUGUUUUGUUUAUAACAGUUAAAGCCUAAAUUCGUCAAAAAAAGACCAUAAUUUCUGCAAGUCAAAUAUCCUCGUAUGCGGAUUAGGUGGGCAGCGUGAUAUGCCGAAAUUGUCGCAAGUACACAACGAAAACACUCUGUUUAAUUGGUAAACGCCAAAACUUGAUUGUAUUUACGCAACUGAGGCUAAAUUUGAUAAUUUCUGACAGACCAGGAAAGGAAAGAUGAUCAUGUGAAUGUUGAGUCUGGGCAAUAAAAGUUUAGACGAGUGAAGUUUAGAGGAAAUUAUUGCUGGCUUAGCAGGGCUUUUAGCCGUUACAAAGUCCAUUGCUUGUGGCUAGAAAGACUUGCCUUAUUAGAAAUGAGAUUUUGUUGUACGUUUGUUGGUCAAUAAGAUGAAGCUGAAGAUGAAAUACUUAGACUGAUAUGAUGGUUCGCUGUUUCUAGUUUUUCAUCGUGAUAAUAAACUCCAUCAAGAAAGAUCCUCUCGAGACCAUUGUAUAAACCCGGAAGCCAAGCUUUUUGAUUGGUAUUAUUUUAUUUUCUUUUAUUAUUAAAGUCAAAAUAAUUGCCUGAAAAAGGGACUUUGGCCUUGGUGGAUACACACUUCUGGAUCUGCAUAAUUCUUCAUAUCGUACUCAGCCUGAUAGAGUAAUUAUGAAAUAUGGGCCAGUUUGCAGGUCUCUCCGGCUUGUAUUAACUCUUCGACGCCCGUCUUUGUUUACACGACAAGUUGCCUUAGUGCAAAAAUGAUUUUUUUUUAUUAUUAAUACAUCUCGAAGAAAUACCAGAAUUUCUACUGCUUCUAAAAUUUGAUUUUUUCACCAACCCCAGUGAACAUAUCAAUUUUGUUUUUCACUUGGGAAGAUAUUGAUGUCGUCAUAGUUACCGUCAAAUCGGCCAAUCAUUAUAUACUUUUCUCUUCAUGCCUCCCGCGGAGCCCUCGGUCGCAAGUCGCCAAAUGGCCGUUCUAUCUGAAUUCUAUCUCGUUAUCGUGCUGUGAGAUCACAUGAGAUCGCAAGCUUGCACUGAGUUGGCGCAUGCUGCGUUAACUCAGUGCAAGCUUUCGCCUCUUGGUCAAGCACCGAAGGACAACCUGAAGGAAGGAAGUUCUCCUGUUGCCUUAACUGCGAUCGUUCUUGACUCCGUUAUUGCUGAACCUCUCAAGGGUUCAUUUGAAGGCCUAAGGGAUUCAAUGGACGCGGGAUUUGCUGGUUUGGGCAAUUUGAUUGCCUCACAUUCUGGCGACGAUGACGGCGAAGACUUGGGUGAUGUUUGUGAUUCGAGCGUGUCUAAGGACUACAUUGAAUCACUAGUCGAGGACGAGCCACCCGUUAAGAAACAGAAACCCAAUGAAUCUGGAAAGAAUAGCGGUCCCCUGAUUACUAAGCUCAUAAGAACCCUACAGCUCACCGAUCACGUAGGGCCCGCCAUCGACGGGGAGCUUGUGUUACUUGUGGAUCAAAUCAUCAGAGAGAAAGCUAAUGAAGACAAAAUAACAGAAUGA